GGCUCGUGGCUGGUGUGGCAAAUUUGCCACUCGAAAAGGAUAUAUAAAUACUGCAUCUGUCUUUGACAACAAUCUAUGACGACUGCAGCCAAAGACGAAUCACUACUCGACAUUGGACGGCUAUGUUCCGUCUGCCAAAGGGUGGAUUUUCUCCCGUUUACCUGUCCGCAUUGCUCGACGUCGUUUUGCACAGACCACAGAUUGGACUUCAAUGAGCAUAAUUGCAGGGUUUCAAAAGUGACAAAGCCUUCCUUGAAACCUACGAGCAACGUCACGUCAGCAUCUUUGUUCCCAGAUUUGGACAGAAUACGAAAGCAAGCUGAAGCAGAAUAUAAACAGAAACAGACACUUGCAUCCACAACAAACCAUGCGGCAUUGGAAAAGCUUAAGGCGUUCAUCUCGUACCACAAGUCGAAAUCGAAGCCCUUCUUCCGCAUUAAGAAGGACACUCCGGCAUCGCGGUUGGUGGAAUUGUCAAAAUUGAAGAACCAGGCAAUUGGAGAUCCCAGGAUCCCCGCAUCUGAGCGCGUGUAUAUCUUGUGCCAAUACGUGCCCGACGAGUCUAAAUUCGGCGAUGCGCAUCUGACCGAGCAGAAAGCAAUAUUUGUCUCAAAAUCUUGGCCUGUGGGGAGGUUGCUUGACUCUGCGGCAGAUUUGCUCAAGAUCCGGAAUGACAACAAUAGAACUACCGAAAGCAUAAAAAAACUUACAAUCUUCCGACACCGCCGAAGGGAUGAAGCGGGGGCCGAGGAGUACGUUUACGUGCCCGCAAACGGAAGAGUGGUGAGGGAAGUUUGCGAUGGUGACGUGGUAUACAUCGUGAGGGGCGCGCAAGUGUGAUCUCGGGGCACGAGGACAAGGAGGGGUCUUGCAUUUUGACGCAGUUGCAGUUACGCGUUGUGUCUACAGUUGUAGGAGAAACUUUUUCCCCAACAUUUAAAAAUUUUAGCGUGUUGGAUUUUUCGAGAAGGGUUCGAAAGCCACACCUAAUGCAAGAGAAACAUGUCAAAUUUUUUUCUUUGCAGAAGUUAUAAUUAAUAUAGUGGAGUAUGAC